AUGAGCCUUCUGGGCUUUCAUCCAGGUUCAAUUAAGGGUGGACGUGAAUUCACCCCGGCAUUUAUUCGACACACGUUGUCAAUCAUUAUUCAUCGUUACACCGGUACAGUUAAUGUUUUCUACGUAGAGGCCAAAUAUCUGGGAUGUACAAAUGGGAUAGCAGAGUUACAGGCCAUUGAUCCAGUGUUUGAUGAGUUCCAAAGAUUUUAACAGAAUUAACUGUCCUUCCAAGAGGGAGCAUUCACACCACUAGUUAAUGCACAAAUAGAUGAAACUAUAGAAUCAUUCCUACAGAAAUUGUCUCCAUAUUGUCUGCUUAAGCCAGCACAGAAAGCAUUAGAGUGGUUAAUUUACAGGCAUAUUAUUGAUGUGUAUAAUAUUGAUUCCUUCAUGGUGUGUCUCCUGCCAUUUCACGAAAGCAAGAUAUUUAUACGAGCUGUACAGCUUCUGAAACUAAAAUCCAAAACAGCCACAAAAUGGGAUUGGCUUCUUCCUAUUCAGUCCUCUGGUGUUCACCUGCCGAGACAAACUUUGAUCAACCACUGUAAUUCAAAUAUUGGAUUCCUCUCCUUUUUGUGUGAUAAAAUCUACAAAACCAUCAAGGGAACAUUAAAGAGAGAUGAAGAAGACAAGUUUAGAGUUAUCUUCUCCUUCUACAUGUCCAUGGUGGUGGGGGUGCUGGAGUUUGGUGGUGCCACAGAGAAUCUGGUGUCCUCCCUGCUCCCCCACCUUAGCCGGGGUCUGAAGUCAAAGGUCGCGCAGUACAGAGCUGCUACCUACAUGAUACUGGCUCAGCUAGUCUUCAAAAGCAGUCUACAACAGGACUUGUUAAAAUCCCUGCUCUCCGCUCUCUUCAAGAGGUCAAUCUUGAAACUUGAACGAGAAACAAUGACUUGUGCAGCACUGAUUUUUCAACAUCAGAAGAUUAAAAGUCUCCCAGCAAGAUCUUUCAAGCACAUCUGUCGACAGCCAGGGUUGAUAGAGAGCCUGAAAACUCUGACGUCUGAGGGUUGUUGUGAUGGACUGACCCUGGCCUUUUUGGAGAGACUUGUCGUUAUGGCUGUCCAGCAGGACUCUGACAUGAGUGCCAGUGAGAGCAGUGACUCAGAGGCGAUCUGGAGCACCCCCCAAUAUCUGAGUAUCCUCAAUGACUUCCUGUCUAGUGUGCCACUCAGUGAGAGUGUUGCCGACCAACUCACAAAGGAAGUCAUGGAGAAUUAUCUUCUCUGUGCCAAUAACAUUAUUGAUGAUGAAGGUUUGGAGGAGCUGAGUAGCAAACACAAAAAGACUGUGCAACUUCUGGAAAACACUGACAGGAAGUACCCUGUCUCACUAGACAGGGCUGUGCAGAGUUUACUAGAAGACGAGGAGGAUGAGAGAGUGAAGAAGAUGAUCCAGGAUUUCCUGAAUCUCUCCGUCCUCUCUCUGAGACACCAGCACCUGUCUGACAUGGACGGCACGCUCUCUCUGUCCAUUAACCAUAGAACGCCGUCCAUCCGAGUCGGCGCGGUACAAUAUCUACUGAAAAACACAGAUAAAUGUGACAGUGACUAUAUAUCAGAGACGUUAUCAGCCAGACUUGCUGACGACUCACUGGAAGUUGUGGAAGCAGUUCUUGAAGCAGGGCAGUCCCUGUGGAGCAUGUUGAGUGAUAAUACUCGACUUUGUCAUUUGCUGGGUAACAUUGUCCUGAGAUGUCAGCCCUGGUCAGACAUCGGGACAAAGGCCCUCCAGGUUCUCUGUAGCUGUGAUCCAACUCUUCAGUCCUCUGUCAUUCUUCAGCUGUUUCCACGACUACUGCUCUGCACUUCUGAUGAUAUGGACUUUUUGAAAGAUCUUUGUGACACAGUUCUUGCCAAAAGUAACCUCAUGGUCAAGUCAGUAGCUCAAAAGUUGAAGAAGAAGGCAGUGGGCAAGAAGAAACAGUCAGCGGGGGAUGUGGCAGAGCUUUCUGUAGAGGUGACGGAGUGGUUAGCUGCUGCGGUGAUUAAGAUGCCAGACUGCGAUGAUUUUCUCUCUGAGUUAGAGGAGAGGGGUGACAGCGCUCGCUACAGAUGUCAUCUGGCUCUGUUCCUCAACGCUAUCAUCCCUCUGAUGUCUGAACAGAAAAACCAGCUCCAGUGGUGUGGUAAACAGCUCAAACUUCUUCACCAGCUACGACCUCAAGGUCAGCCAAGAGUAGACUGGGAGGAGGUCAUCACCAUGGUAACAGACACUUGUCAAUCUCUAGUGGCCAGUCAAAUACAGGGAAACUCCAUAAGCCUUUAUCUGCUUUCCAACUUAAUAAAACUGGUCCCUUCAGUCAAAAUUGAUGCUGAGUUUUGGGACUUUGAUGAUGAAUCUCUGAUCUUGUCUGUGAGGCUGUUUGAUUACCUCCUUCUUCUCUCCAAUAGCUCCCCUUGUAGACAAGCCUACAGAAAGCUGGUCAUCCAGUUCUUACAGCAUUUCCCUGACAGUAAUGACAAACUGAAAUUCCUUGGACUUUUGUGGACACAGCAUUGUAAUGACCUCAGUGAAAGGUCAGGGGUUAAGACCAGUCUACAGAUUCAAGCUCUGCUGAUUGGAAAACAGCUUCUGCAACAAAGUGAAACUAUGAAGAUUACAGAUACUGUGAUUAUAAAUCUGGUGUUGGCCUUGACCAGUCCAUUUGUUGGAAUUCGCCAGACAUCAAUAGAGUGUUUAAAGUUUCUCACUGGUAAAGGUAACCUUGGUCGCGGAGCUUUGGCAACGCUAGUGAACCACAUCCUGCAGUGUGAGGUGGAGAUAGACGCCGACCAGGGCUAUCUAAUGCAGGCCGUGGGUUCUGUCCUGGACAGUGAACCAAGGAAGGGUAAGAGGAGAUCUCAGUCUGGUAGGAAGGCGGACAGCAGCCUGGGGGGAGUGAUUGUGGACGUCGUACAGAACUCGGACACGCCUCACUACGUCAGGAACAGUCUACUGCAGAUCACAGCGCUACACAACAACAAAAGUUUCCUGUGUGACCUUUUACCAACCUUGAGGUCCCUGUUGUCUACCUGUCACGGUGACAGUCCCCCGGUCCUGGCUGUAGAGUCCUGUGGGUGCCUGAUUCAGCGGUUCACCCCUGACACCUGUUCCACGCUGGACUCCCACCCUGAGGCUCUGAACUUAGUCCUGGAGAUGUUAGCUAGCCCAGUCAAAGGGAUACAAGAAAAUAUGAUCUCACAGGUGACUGGAGACUUUUAUAACAAGCUCACCCCGGACACCCAGCAGCAGAUCCUGUCGUGUUUGUUUGAUGUCUGGGUGAAGGCCCCAGACCCGGGUACAGUCAAAGUGAUCAGGAAGACACUCAAACAUUUGACGCUGGAGAGCAGCCAUAUUGUAGAGGAACUGAACAAAUGUCUUCAAACGUCACCCUCAGCUUCCACCGUCAAGGAACGGAAAAAACACAGGAAGUCUGAUGUUCAUAAAGAAGAGGAAGAUGUUUUUGAACAAUUGCCAUGGCAACGAGUGGUGGUUGUCUUGGAGACAAUUCAAAACAAGAAGAAAAUUAGCAACUAUCUCCAACUGCUGCCAACUCUAUUUAAAAUACUUUCUGAGGUGUUGAAUUCAGACCAGCAUUCCUCAGCUGAAUACAUUAAACAGCUCCUGUUGUCUGUGGUGGAUGAAGUGUGUCAGAAAGCCAUCAACCAUGAUCUGAUACCAGAUUUGAAGAAGGAGACGUCCUUUAACAUUGACCUGAUUGUGAAUGCCAUUAGGACAUCAAGUAAUCCCCAGACCCACCAUAAAGCUCUGCUUCUUCUGACAACUGCCUCCAAAAUAUUCCCAGAGGAUCUUCUGCACAAGGUGAUGUCAGUGUUCACCUUCAUGGGAGCUAACAUCAUGCGUCAUGACGACCAGUACAGUUUCCACGUCAUUAACCGUAUCCUGGAGACAGUGGUGCCAGCCUUAGUUACGGCCUGUGAGAAGCGGGAGGCCCAUGCUGGAGGUCAUAAUAAGGAGGAGGUCAUCACCAUGGUGAUGCAGGUGUUUGUGGACGCCUACUGUCACAUUCCUGAGCAUCGCCGUCUGAUGCUGUUUACCAGACUGGUGGAGAUCGUGGGAGGAGACAACUUCCUGUGGAGGUGUGUCCUUCUGAAAAUGACUCAGGAAAUAACACGACCAACAACAGUAGAAAAAUUAGAGUUGUCAGCCUGUGAGGAGGGGGAGAUAACCUCGGGCUUCCAUCACUUGAUCCAGACCAUCCUGACCUACAUCUGUAGUCUGAUGGAGCUGAAGUUAGAAGACCAGACCCUGGCCAAGUUCUACCGAGCCCUGACCCACAAGAUGUACGACCUUCUAGACAAGGUGGUUGGUUUACUACCGGAGAAAAUGUUACUGAGGGUAAUAAAGGAACUGAUGGAUCACUCUAUCCCCAACAUCCAGAGGAAAUCCAUGGAGCUCCUCAACAACUACCUACUGCAGAAGGAACACUCUGAGGAGAUGAGUUUACUUGGAGUUGUGGACAAACUUUUAAAAGUGUGUGUGGCAGAAAAAACAGAGAUGACCACUAAACAGACAGCUCUAUACAGCCUCAAGUUACUGUGUAGAAGGAUUGGAGCUGACCAUCCUCAGAUGUUUAUAAAGGUGCUGAAUAUGGCUGUGGAGAUUUUCUGUUGUGAGGGGGUGAACCAGUCUCUCCAGGCCAGUGCUCUGUUGUGUAUCUCUGAGGUCUGUAGUACACUGAAGGCCCACGUCAUUGCUCAUCUGUCAACGUUCAUGCCAAAAGUCAUCUCCUGUCUCAAAGACAGACAUCUCCUGGACGGGAAUGAGCUUUUCCUGCUUAGUGUCAUAACAGCUGUUUUGCGAGUGAUGGAGAACUUGUGUUUGUUUCUCAGUCCUUAUCUACAAGAUAUUGUUACACAGAUCUGUUCUCUCUCUGGACAGCAGACAGAAGUCUUACAGAAAGCUACCAUACAACAGAGACUCAAAGCCAUUAGGACCACCAUAGCCACCAGUCUGCCACCUCGGGUACUCCUCGGGAUUUUACCUGACUGCUAUAACACACUUCUGACUCUCAAUCCUAGGGGAAUCCAGCCAAUGAUGACCAUGCUUACAGACCAUGUCAGUCACAUGAAAAAGGAGGACCUCAACAGUCACCUAGUGCAGCUACAGGGAUUCUAUCUCACCUGUCUGGAUGUACAAGCACAGUAUAAGGGAGAAGUGGAGGAUAUAGAAGAUUCUGUGAUAGAUGCCAUUGUUGCCACGGUGAUGAAACUGUCAGAGGCCACAUUCAGGCCCAUGUUCUACAAGAUGUUUGAUUGGGCCACAAGAGAAGAAGAAUUGAAGCACAGAAUUCUUGUCUUCUAUAAAAUGGCUGACAGACUGGCUGGGAAGAUGCAGAGUCUGUUUACUAUAUUUGCUGGACACAUUAUUGUUCAUGCAGCUCAGAUUUUAAAAGACAACAACAAAGAAUUGACAGGUGAGGACUACUUUGACUCCAGUAAGCUGGGUAAACACAAGGCCCAUAAGUUACUGGUUUAUAUCAGUGAGGACUACUUUGACUCCAGUGAGGACUACUUUGACUCCAGUAAUCUGGAUAAACACAAGGCCCAUAAGUUACUGGUUUAUAUCUGUGACUGCCUGUACAAGUGUUUCCUUUAUGACACCGAGGGCUUCGUCACCAAAGAGAGAUUUGAUACUUUACUACAACCUCUAGUUGACCAGCUGGAAAAUGUUGACAAUGACGAUGAAACUUUAUCCAAAGAGAGAGUGAGUGAGCACCUUGUUCCGUGCCUCGUACAGUUUGGUGCCGCAACCCAGGACGAUUCACUUUGGAAAACUCUGAACUACCAAAUACUGCUUAAGACUCGACACUCAUCAUCAGCGGUUAGGUACGCAGCUCUGAUUGCAGUGGACGAGUUCCAUAAGAAACUCUCUGAGGACUACAUGCCUCUUCUACCAGAAACAAUCCCAUUCCUGGCAGAACUCAUGGAGGAUGAGGAGGAAGAAGUGGAAAAGAUGUGUCAGUCUGUCAUCAGUCAAAUGGAGAAGACUCUGGGAGAACCGCUACAGAAAUACUUCUAAUGAUCAAAUCAUACACUCAAACAUCAGUCAAUGAUGAAACACUGUGAAAACCGCUACAGAAAUACUUCUGUGAAAACCGCUACAGAAAUACUUCUGAUCAUCAAGUAGUGCAUGUGAACAUCAUUCAAAUAGAGAAAAUACUGGAAGAACUACUACAAAAAUACUUAUGAUUGUCAAAAGGUGGUCUUAAACUUUGUAUCAUUUAUACAGUAUGUAAAAUA